ACGUCUUGGCAAGGAAUUUUCUACAAAGUUCCUCCUUGUUGUAAAAAUAAAGAGAGAUGUGGUUUUUGUUAGUAGUUUUAUGAUUUUACGCUUUACUUGGCGUUUUACCACAAUCUUAUGCAAAAUUCUCUUUAAAAAAAUUUAACCAAUUUUCUUCCUUGAAAUAUAAUAAAGAAAACAAUUUAUAAUGGAAAAAUCGAGAAUCUUUUUUUUCUAUAAAACUUCUCUGGAAGCUUCAUUUCGUUAAUAUAGUUUUAUGCUGCUUUAGAUAGAUAUACAGAUCGAAUAAUUCAGAGACGUACCUAUUUUAAAAUUCCUUGAAAUAUAAUCCCAUCAAUAUUCAUGACAAUAAACAUCGUGCAAUUGAAUAACUUGGAGUUCACAGCGCAGACUUCUUAAGACCCGGUAUCAAUAAAAAUUUUCUUCAACCAACUACUAUUAUUGCCAAAUUAUACGAAAAUUUGUCUCCACUAGGCUGGCGUUUUCGCUUCAAUAUUGGCACGAGAAAUGAAUGUUGUUGAAGUUAUUCGUCUAUGUCGGGAUAUUUACUCUUGUUGAAUGUGUAGAAGAUGAAGAAAAAAAUGUGGUAGCACACCACUUGUACUUACUUUCCGUCCUAUGUUUUGAAUGCUUCUUAUAUCAUGUUUAAAAGAGGUAUAACGCACAAGGGAUAAUGCGGUAUUCGGAAUGAUAGAAGAAGAAAAGCGGCCAGACUUGAGAGAUAGAAUUCACUUUCUGGUUUGCUUGGUAUAGAGAAAGAACAUUUCAUGAGAUAGAUAAAGUGAUAUUUAUAGAAAAUAUUCCACAUAAGACUAUCUUAAGUAAUACAUAAGAGAGGAGUCUCAUCAUUGGCACAUAAAAGUGUCUGAAAAUGUGUGGCUCAUGUAAGAAAUUUUGUGUUCAAUUGGUUCGUGUUUUUGGAGUGAAAUUACUCGGAAGAAUUGAGAGAUGGGGAAGACUAUGUUUGCAAGCUUUUUUUUUUCUUUGGAGUAUAAAAUGCUUCAAAUAAAAAAAAUUAUCCAAGAGAUUGGCAAGUUUUUGCUUUUGGAUGUUUGAAAAGCAUCAAACACAUCCCACUUAUGUAAAUUUUUUCUUCUUUUACAAGUAGCGCAUGGUUAGUAUAGGAAAAAAAAACACUGUCUACGAUUACAUCGACAAGGAAGUUAGCAAAAUGGUUUGAAGGAAGAAGAAAAAGAAGUCGGAAAAAUUCAUGUACUAGAACUAAAACGAAUGCAUUGAGUAUUUCUCUCUCUCUUAUUGAAAACUUAUGGUGUGUUUUAUUCUUGAGAACUGCGCACUGCUGAGCGAAAAUUGUUGAGAUUGAUGAUGUUUCCUGAGGAACGUGAUACAGGGUGUUAUCGUGUUUGAUGUUGUGUUUUACCAUUAAGAAAAGAGGAUAAAAUACGAUAAAGGGUAGUAGGUACCAACAUGUAGGAUUUAUAUACAUACACACUCUUUUAUAUCAAUGCUGUCUCGUGUUAAAGUGCAAACGGGAAAAUUACUUAAAACUUCCCCAAGAAGUCUUAUUAAUUUUGCUUGUGUAUACACGAGAGAUUUUACAGGAAAUUUAAUUAAUGGUGUUUCUAAGAGAAAUUCCUCUCCAAUUAUCAAUUUACGAAAGAUGCUUUAUCUUUCUCUGCCUUAGAGCGCUUCUUUAGAUAAUGAUGGAGUUUCUGACAAGCGGUAACACCUUUUUGGUCUUUCUGUAAUGGGUUGUGUAAAGUUUAAUUUUAAUCGCAAUUUAACUAUUUAAAUCAUUUAAAUCAAUUUAAGCAACGUUUUGCACAUUUGCACAUUUUAGAUUCAACUAAAAUGAAUGCAAAUCCUCAUUAAUAUUCAACCCUACUAAAUAAUUUCAAAAUGCAUAAAUCGCAUAAAUAUUUAAUAAAUUGAACAUGAACUUUAAAUUCAUCUGUCAUUACUAAAAGAAUUUCUUUGAAGUGGAGCUUUUUACAGGAAACUUGUGCAUAUUUUUCCGCAUAUUCUCUCUUUCCCAUUAAGUUUUAUAGUAAAAGUAUCUCUUCUUAAUAAAAUUUCCUUCCAUUUUCUCUCAAUUUACUUUGCACUAGGCACUAAUAUGUGGUGCAAUUAGAAGAAAAAUGGGUGGCAGUUUACAAAAGUUUUGUGGGAUAUUUUAGUAUAUACAUAUGAGAAGAACACUUUUGGGUAAAUAGGAAAAUGUUUGAGGAAAUUACAUUAAGGGCUGAAAAUGUGUUUUAUGUUUGGUAAACUUGAUGCAACUUUCACUCCCUUUUACAAAGCUUGCAGAAGAGUUCUUUCAUUUCAGUCAUGUAUAGGGGUGAAAGCUUUUGUUGGGGUAAUUGUUAAGCUCUCCCGAGAGCUUUUUGUUUAUGAUCUCUCUGUUCAGCAACAGCAUCCAUUUUGGGGGGCAUUGUAGAACAAUUUAAUUGGACUUGAGGCAAUUUCAAUUGUAACCACAGCCACAGUACAAUAUGAGGUUAUAUGUUUUAUAUAUGAAAUGUAAUUGCUUUUGUUGGAUUAUGCACCAUGAUAUCUAAUAUCGUUGUUUUCGGAAUGGGAGUAGGUUUUUUGAGGAAAUCAAUGCGGGUAUCACCCUGUGGCGCGAUCUCUCUCCUUCGGCAUUAUUAUUUUAGACGAAAAUCUCAGCCGAAAAUAUCACAUUCCCUUUCUAGUUUAUUUUAAGUCUUUCACACAGAAAAACCAAUUUCUACGCACUCUCGUGUGUCUCUGCUGGCUGCUACAUCUUUUAGUUUAUUGAACGCGCGCGCGGAGGUUCAGCGAGUGUCAACAUACAAUUAAAAAUUUCUUUUCUCUUCGAACUUUCUCAAUCAAAAUGUCACGAUAAAAUUAUACAUAUCUACAUAUUAAAUAUCUAUUUUUCGUGUUUCUCACACAAAACUUUGUUGCUAAUUUGUGAUUUAUUAGAGAGAAAACUUUUUUUUUAAAUCCCAAAAGACUGAUGUAUGUGAGAUAGUAUAUAAAUUAGUUUAUAGUGAAAAUUUUCAUCAACUAUGUACUGUACAUAGGUAUAACUGUGGUUUUUCGUUGAGGAAAUUCGGGAAAUUCAGUGGCAAAUUUUCCACAAUGUUUCACAGAGAGUUUAGUGACAAACUUGCAAAAUGUUGGGGAAAAGAGAGUAUAGAUGGUGGUGGAUUUUGACUGAAGGAUUUUAAAGUCAUCAAAUGUAAAUUGUGUGUAAAAUAUCGGAAGCAUGACACAGAAAAUUAAAAAUAAAUUGUUAAUCAGCGAUAUGUACCAGUUUUCUCUUUGAAGCAAAAGUUGCUGAAGAAAAAAAAAGAUCAUGAGGAAGACAAAAACUACGCGUAACUCUGUGUUCGUGAUGUUGAUAAAAAUAAAUCUGUGAGGAAGUUCUUUUUUCCGUACAAAUUCUCUCUCUCGAGCUUGUAAAAAAAAGUAUGUGUGUGUUUUUAUAGAGAAAAAAAGUCGACAAAUCUGUGUUAAUUAGCAAUUUAUGUAAUAUAAAUGGCAAAAAUGGUUUGUAAUUUUGUAUUAUUUGCAACGUACAAUGUGUGGUGUAUCUAUUUUACAAUACAGGUGAUAUGUAAAUGAACAUAAAAACCACCCCCAAAUGUGUGUAAAUAUAUAUAAUUCGUAUUGAAUUUCCAUGAAAAUGCUAAUGGAUGGUUUUGUUAAUGGUGAAAAAUAAAUGGGGGAUGAUUUUACAAUGGAUAUAUGCUGUCUUUUCGUGCAACAAAAAAAUCUCUCAGUCACAAUUUAAAUUUUGUGCUACUACAACAAAAUCAUGUGGAUUAAUUUUGCACAUAGUGGGAAAACGUAUAUAGAGCUUAUACAUAUCAUGCAUAUAUAGUGACUAAAAUGAACAAUUUGUAUGCAAAUCAGCCUUGUGACCGACGAUGAUGUAGAAGUAGAAGACGUGGAUACUGGAGAAUAGAAAAAAAGCAUCCAUUGGUGCUUUCUGCAAUAGCUUUUUUUCCAACAGAGGAAUAAAACGCACAAGGAAAGAUGGUUGUUGGAGAAUCAACAGAGGCAGGGGCGCCAAAUGCACUGCCAACACCUCAAACGACAGCACCAACUGGCUUCCCCAACCAGGCUGCUGUGGACAAUAUAAUGAGCGGUAUCGGCAAUACAGGAACUGUUAAGUUAAAUAAUCACAGGAAGAAACUUCGGCAGAGGUUCGAUAUAAUUAAGAAACUAGGACAAGGGACUUAUGGUAAAGUACAGCUGGGAAUUAACAAGGAGACUAGUCAGGAGGUGGCCAUUAAGACGAUUAAGAAAUGCAAAAUUGAAACUGAAGCGGAUCUCAUAAGGAUUCGGCGUGAGGUGCAAAUUAUGAGUUCUGUACAACACCCCAAUAUUAUUCAUAUUUAUGAAGUAUUUGAGAAUCGUGAGAAAAUGGUGCUAGUCAUGGAAUUUGCGGCGGGUGGUGAACUGUAUGAUUAUCUGUCGGAGAGGAAGGUGCUAUCUGAGGAGGAAGCUCGUCGUGUGUUCAGACAAAUAGCAACAGCUGUUUACUACUGUCACAAGCACAAGAUUUGCCAUCGUGAUCUUAAAUUAGAGAAUAUUCUCUUGGACGAGAAUGGCAACGCAAAGAUUGCAGACUUUGGUCUCUCCAAUGUGUUCGACGAGCAAAGACUGUUGGCGACAUUCUGCGGAUCGCCCCUAUACGCAUCACCGGAAAUUGUAAAGGGGACACCGUAUCAAGGCCCCGAAGUGGACUGCUGGUCACUCGGUGUACUCCUCUAUACCCUUGUGUACGGUGCUAUGCCCUUUGAUGGGUCCAACUUUAAGCGGUUGGUGAAGCAAAUUAGCCAGGGGGACUACUAUGAACCCAAAAAACCCUCACCAGCUUCCCCGCUCAUUCGUGAAAUGCUCACGGUGUGCCCACAGCGAAGAGCCACAAUUGAGCAAAUUUGCAAUCACUGGUGGGUCAAUGAGGGCUACAAUGAAUCCUGUCUGGAUUUAGCGGAGGAAUUGGCCAAUCAGACACCCGUUAGACUCGACGUUCUCCUUUCCUUGGCACCAUCAUCCGUCACAGCGGAUCAACUUGUUGUUCCCGGUGUGGAAGAUGGCAAAGCAACAGACCGCGUAACGAGAAGUCAUUCUGUGGGAUCAAUCAUCGACUUGGGUAGCACUGAAGCAGAGAGGAGGAUCAUCGACAUGGUACAAGCGGGUGGUGAGGCAGCACUCAUGCCAUCACCAACGAGGACAAUAACACCAGCAGAAAGUCCCGCGCAACCAAAGCGAAAAUUGGAAACAACAGUAUCCAUGGAAAAUGCAACAGGUGCUAAGAAGAAGGAGAAACCCACUGAGAAUCUCAAGAAUGAAUCAUUGACAAUUGUCGAAGCAAUGGAUGUCGAUCCGGCAAUUCCCGAGAGUCAAUCGCAGGCAAUAGUUGAUGAUGCAGCGGAGCAGGAAGUAUUACAGGCGCCACCCCCUAGUGAGACUGUCAGGGAAAAUGUGACGGAAAUUAAGGAGGAAGUUGCACCCGUGGAAGUGAAUACGGAGGCAAAGAAAGUGAUAAAGAAGAAAGUAGCAGCGGGGGCGGCAAAAGGGAGUGAAGAAAGCGAGAAAACUCCCGCAAAGGGUGUACGAAAGACAGCGAGUAAGAAUAAAACAGCAGAUUUGGCGUCAACCAUCAAAGAAGUGGCUGAUGAGGAUGCACCCAGUGCUGCGCCAGCAUCUGCGGUGGAGCGCAAAAAUAGCCUACCGGAGGAGAAUCUCACAAAACCAACGGAACGACGACGUUCACGUAUCUUCGAGACGGCAGAAAAAUUCCAGAAUAUGGCAAAUCAAGCGAGUGAUAGGGCAAAGAAGUUUAUUGUGCCAGGUGUGGGGGCAAGUAGUGGUUUCAAAAGGGACACAGAACGUCGUGCCUCUGUCCCAGCAACGACGGAGUGCGUGGAAAAGGAGGUGGUAACCCAACCACCACCGGUGCAACGUGCUGUGACAAGCAGUGAGGAAGUACGGAGGGAGGAGAGUGCACCCACCGUGGAGAAAUCUUCAACGAGAGAGGUUGUGAAUAAAUCGCACCAGGACGAUUUGCAGAGUAGUGAUUCCAAGGGCUCUGUGCAGAGCUUUUCGCUUGAAGACGCAAGGAAAUCAAUGGAAAAUUCAAUUGCACUGCUCAAUCAGGCUCGUAACGAAUCGAAUCCUGAUGUAGAUCAACUGUGUGCCAAGACUGAAAAUGUAGCUGUUUCCGAUGAGAAUGCCGAACGCCAGAGAAAACUGAAGAAUGCCAGAGAAAUAAUUGGUAAUGCCAUACAGCCUGGAAGAUUAUGCAUGGGUAUUCGCAAACCUCCUGUACCGUUUGGUAUAAAUGGUCGGUCAAUAUCGGGAAGCGUAGUGCCAUCAGCUACGGGAAGUGAAAAGAAAUCGAUGCGCCUGCAAGUUGGACCGGAUCCAAAUGAUGUGAGGACGGCUACAUUUUCUGUAUCAACUCCCGAACAGAGGACUUUCGAUAGGGAACCAUUAACUGCUUCAAUCCCAAAACCGGUUGCUGUUGGUACGACAACAGAAAGUCCCGCCGGUGAGGGUACAAUGAAAACUUCACGUGCUGAAAUCGUCCUAAAAUCCGCUACACUGCCCCGUCGCAAGGCAACGAAACCGGAAGUGCAAAUGGAGCCGUCCAAUAAACCAGAGACAGGAAUGCGCUUCUCCACGGAGAUGCAGCACCAAAUGCCAGAUUUGCGAAGUGCACCCAUUCGUGAACAUUCAACACCCUACAGUCCAUUGUCACUUCAUCAGCGUGCCAUGAGCCUGGAGCCGCAGGCGAGGGAGCAUUUUGUGCCAAUUGCCCGUCCCUCCACCUACAUAAGGACAACAUCUUCCAAUCCCUUCCGGGCUACAUCGCUCUCACGGCAGUCGACAAAUGAGUCCGAUACAGAAACAACGACAACCACGUCGGCAACGCAGAGCCAGCAAAAUGUAGCGGGUGGGACAAAUCAGCCGAUUAAGAAGAGCCCAAGGGAGUUUAUUAUUCCCAUUGCGGUCGAAGGUGGGGGCUAUAUAACACCACGAGCUGGUAGUCUUGAACCAUCCGAAUCAACAGCUAGUGGUUCGACAUUCAGGAGUACAGCGAGUCGUACCAAGAGAAUUGGGUCACUGUUGAGUGAAAGGGAUUCCGAAGAGGAUUCACUAUUCAACAAACUCCAUCGUCACACUUCACUGACUAAGGAGAACGACAUGGAUGAGCCAAGAUUUCAUUCAAUGCAUCGUCUCAGGAGUACACGUCCCACGAAGAAAAUAAAUCAAGAUCCGUCUGCGGAUUCUGCAAGUUCCGGAGAAGAUGACGAUGAGGAUGGCUUUGAAAUUCUCACAGCUGAAAAUCUCUUCUCAACUCUCUUGCAACGAGUGCGUGCCCUGACAAAUCGGAUAAAUGUGAACAACGAUACAACUACGGGGCUUCCAAGUUCGAGAUUUAUGUCCAACCUAAGACAAGGACACACUCCCUUCUGGCAUCAUGAUCCCUUUGGAAGUACCACUCACCCAUCUCACCAAAGUUACUCAUAUAGGAGUGAAACAGUUGAAACCAAAGUAACUCGCCUCAAUAAUGGAGGUCAUCCCUGGCGAACUAGUAUGACCCGUGACCUGACGGCCGACAUUGACUCAAUGUUCUCGCGCUCAACAGGAUCUACUCUACCAAGAGGAACAAAGAAUAAGUAUAAGAGGAGUGGAAGUGAUCAUUGCGAUGGUGAUGGAGGGGAUUCAGGUGAAAAUCUCGAUUUGGCUGAUUUGGAUUUAUCACAGCUUCGGUUGACGAAGAAGGAUCUCGAGACGCUGUCGAGUAUCACGCCGGCUCUUUCGAAACGUGUCCAGGAUCAAUUACUCGCGAAAUUGCCACCAAAUCAGGCAAAGAAGCUCUCCAGGACACUCUCAAUGCAGAAUAAUGCAACACAAAAUAACUCCCAGAAGGUUUACAAGAGAAGCCUCAGUGGGGGAAGGGAUAUAAGCGACGGGAAGCCAGAUUUGAUUAAAGAUGUUACGGAUUUGGGUGGGAAAGUCACAGAUCUGGACAGGGAUAGUGUGUACAGGAGGAGUUUGAGCCGAUCAAAGUACGAUGUGGGUGAGAAGGAGUCAAGAAGCUCAAGCAGAUGCAGAGAUUCCAUGAGAUCGUCGUAUUCAAGUGAUACCAGUGACAAAUACAAGACUUAUUCACCCUAUUCGGACAACUACGGGAUGACGUUGGAAAGGAAGAGUGACUACGAGAAGCCCCCAUCGCCCUAUAGGUACUACGACACACUCCCACCACGAUCAUCCUGUAUGAGUCCGACAAAGGAACAUUAUGGACGUCCACCAAUUGGUGGAUGCCUCUCUCCUCCACCUGUUAUCAGCCCCGACAACAGUGUCCUUAGGAGGAGAUCAUCCCAGAGGCGGAUAUCACGUUUUCUACGUCCAGAUUUCUUCGAUACACCCCGCGAGGAGAGUAUCUACGUCACUGAUCGUGAAGCACGUGAUGCAGAAUCCCAGAAGAUUCUUCGAGAAAUCCGCGAGAAGAGUCGCGAAAGGAGUCGCGAGAGGAAUCUCGAUUCAUACGAUCGCUACAAGAGGGAAUCAAAUGAAGAUCGUCUCGCUUACUUCACGGAUAAAUACAACCCAGAUGAAACACUAAGCCGCCGGAAGCAUCUCAUAAAUUGCCCACAAUAUAGCCCAGAUCCCGUAGCAAAUGCCCUGGAUUUGAUCAGUGCUCGCAGGAGGAGUUUAUCCCGUUCCCGGGAUCUCUCCGAAGGUGCAAAAAGUUGCGAGAGCGACAUUUCACUCACAGAUCGAAUUCUCAAUGAACUACAGAACAUUAGUAGGCAGCAAUCUGAGAAUCCUCCCCCUGAGGAGGCAGCGAAAAUCAAAGUGAAGAAAUCCAAAUCAAAAUCCGAUAGUUCAGAGAAGACUGGCGAAGAGAAAAAGGUGAAGAAACAAAAAUCAAAAAGCAAAAUCCCUGCCAAGCAUGAUACCAAUCAAUCAAGCCUGACUGCCAAUGAUAUGGAUUUAGUUAAGAAUCUCACAGAACAAAUAAAUUCGGUUAAUUUGCUCCUGGAUAAUCCUCCGAGUGAGGAAAAGAAGAAAGAAUCCAAACUUAUUCGCCCUAAAUCCUAUCCCAAUAAGGAACCUGAAAAACUUAAGAAAAUCUCUCCAGAUAAGAGCAAAAGUAGCCUGGUUAAUGAACAGAAUAUCCCUCAGAUCACCGUGGAAAUGCCAAUUCAGGAAGAGAAAUGCCAGGUACGUCCAAAGAGCUUCCCAAAUUCGAAACUAACACCUCCAAAAGAGCUGAAGGAAUUUAAGAAGUCAGCAGCAGUAGAAUUGAAUGGAAUUACAAAUGGUGAGAAGAUUGAGAAACCCGAAAAGCCAGCAAAGGUUAGUAAAUCUCCUCCGAAAAAUGUAACAGAAAGUAGUGGUGGGAAUCCUCCUGCAACCAAGACUAUCAAGAAAGUCGUUAAGGUUGUGAAGAAAUCACCUCCAAAGGCUGAAACAAGCAAUAAUGUGAGUGAGAAGUCUGAGAAAACUCCUCCAAAAAUUGAGGAAGUUCGUGAGAAAUCUCCGGAAAAGAAGAGCCGGGGAUUCUUGUAUAGCAUAAGUCAGAAGUUUGAGAAACUCAAAGAGAACACCAAGACCAAAGAGAAGAAGAAUGCAACGAAGGAAGUUGCAGCGGGAAAACCUGAAAAAUCCAAAUCAAAGGAUUGCAUACUAAAUGGGGGUGAAAACAUCCCUUCAGCAGGGAAGACAGAGGAAAUCCCAACAAUUGUGAUCAAGAAGAAGAAAACCAAGUCUGUGGAGCCUCCUCCGCAAGAUGACUCCAAGGCAGUUGAUGAAAAAUCCUCAGCUGCUGCGAAACUUGAGCGGAAAUCAAAGAUUGAUGCCAUGAUUCGUAAUUUAAGGGAGAGAUCUGUGCCCAAGAAUUCAGAGAUUACGGAAUCUGGGCUGAUAAAGCGUGCUGUGAGUGUGGAAGAUAUGCCAGGUGCAUUUAAUAAGUGUGCAGUAAAUCGUGUUUUGGGAUUAUUUAAGAAAAUCGAAAAGGAUAGCAUUGAGAGUGGGAAUCGCGUGAGGAGUACCAAGAGCAUUGGGAAUGUUGUGGGAUUGCAUCAGAAUGAUUACAAUGGGGUGAAGGAACGUCCCAAAUCGAGUGGAUUUGUGAGUAAGCUGAAGAAAACUUAUCCCUACACUGGGGCGAAGAGUGAUACCAUUGUCACCAUUACGGAGCAUCUGCAGAAGCAGCAACUUGGGAAGCAGGAUAAGGUUAAUGGAAACACGAAGAUUCCCGUGAAAUGUUUACCAAAUUGUCCAGAUUGUGGUGAAGAAGCUGCAGCAGCAGCAAUGCAGGUGACAAAGAGGCAUUCCAAUGGAGAGGCCAUGGGACAGAGUGUGGAGGAGAAGGAGAGGAUUCGAAAUAAUAGGAAAGGUCUCAUGCUGGACUUUACAAAGCUGGAUUGUUGCCCUGAAACAAGCAAGAGGCACUCAAUGGUUGAACCCAAAGUCAGCAAUUUCACAAAUAACAACUUAGUCAAUCAUCAGAGUAAUCAUCAAACAGCGGAAAUCAAUCAGAAUCACCUCCACACACCCUCAUCUGACUACAUGGCCAGCUACUCAUCAGACUCCCGGAGUCCCUAUGAUAUUGACUGCGGCGCCUCCACGAGUACCUUCUUCUCACCAACGGAUGAACCAGAGCUGUACUUUGAUGAUUGGUCAGUUUGCUCAGAUGAUCACUUGAUCGUUAACUCUCCUCCGCCCCUCACAAAACUCUCCCGGAAUCCCGUCCAUGUGAUUUCCCCGCAACAUGAUCAUCCAGCUUCCGUUGAGAGUAUCGUGGAUCGUAUUCGUCGGAAGAGCUUCUACACGCGCUUCAAUGAGAAGAAACCCAAACGUGUGAGCACAAUUGUUGGGCCAGCAGCCAAGGAUUACUAUCGUGAAUCAUCGAGAUCCAAAUCCCGUCCUCCGGAGUACGUGAAGAGUCCCACAGUGACAAUUGGAGAUCAUUCAAGGGGUGUUCAUGAGUACUAUCGCCCCCUGAGGAUGCCAACGGAUUCCACAACGUCCUCCUCGAGUAGCAGCAGCAAACACAACUCCGCCCCUGUCAAUGGGUACAAGGAUUUCCUGCCACAACGACAUACAACGGGAGAUUUCCUCUCGGGAACAUCUCUCAGACGUCCCAACUACACAACUGAUCUCAGCUACCAGGUGAAGAGUACACCGGGGAAUAGGAGUAGCCUCUAUGGCGAGGGAAAUUCCAUCUAUAGCACAUUUAGCCCCAAACGGAGAGUCUCCUACGCCAGUGGCGGACCCAUUGACACGUACGCCACGCUUGGCAGGAAGUCCUCCGGUCUGCUGAUGGGCAAGUGCGUGGAAAAUGGAGCCAAUCCAAGCAAUAAUUUCUACGUGAGAACUUCCUCGGCUCUACCAUCCCGAAGGAGCCCCACGACAAACAUUUGAUCAAAGCCACAGCAUCAGCUGAAAGUGAUUUUUGGACGAAAUUGUUUUUGUAUCUUCAAUCCAUGAUCAUAAAAGUUAAAAGUAAAAAAAGAAAACAUUCAAAAUCAACUAACUGAUAAAACAUUUAUAUAUUGUCAUGGAUAAAUAAAUAUUAAUUACAUCGUAAUUUCACCAUAAAAAGGAUAUUCUAAAGAUAAAAGAAAUGAAAAAUCAAUUUUUAGGGACUGUUUAUUCUUUUUAUAAUAUUUUUUAGGACAAUUUAGAAUAUUGAUGAAAAUUGAGGAAGGGGGCGUUUGAGAGAGAAGAAAAAAAAACUAUGUGAGGGAAACUUCCAUGGAAAAACAAUUAGUCAGAAGGCUUUUUUUUGUAAUUCCCUCAUUUGUUCUCCUGCGCGUUUUGCAUAUUGGAAAAUUUUUGAUAAUAAAUGAAUGAACUUUUUUGGCAACCCUUUUUUGUAUACAUGAGAGAAUGUUGGGAGAGGGAGAGAGCCAUUGAUGGGCAAAAAAAUUGAUGAUGGCCCAGAAAAAUGCAAAGAGAUUUAUUAGUGAAUAAGAAAGAAAUAAAUUCAAUAAAUAGUUGUUAAAGUUUUUAGCGGAAUUUUCACAUCUUCAAGGGUGAAGGAGGGAUGCUCAAAACUCACUUUCCCUUGAAGAUUAUGGAAUUAAAUGUGUUACUGAAUAUAUUAAUCUUCCUAUUAUGAAAAAAAGAAAGAAAACUUAGCCAAAUGAAGUAAUAAAUAUUCAACCAACAAAAUAAUAUUUUAUUAUUAAACUCCCUAACGCAAUAUUAAUUUUAAAAUGAGAUUUUCCUCGAAAAAUUAGAGAGAAAAAUUUUAUGAAAACGUUUUUAAAAAUUCGUUGGAAGAGAUUUGAACGAGAUUAUGUUUUUCUUUUCAUUUCUUGAGCUAUUUAGCCUUAUUGGUAAAUGAUGAUUUUUUUGCGUGAAGAAAUACUACGAAAUCAAUACAUGUAUGAUUAUUUGUAUUAAAAAAAUAAACCAUAUUAUAUACUGAGAGAAAAAUCAA